GGGGUACAUCUUUGGCCAGUGGUGCUGUCGACCCGGGGGCCAUCCUGAGGGGUAUGACCCCUGAGACGGAUAGGGCUGCCCUCGGGGCCUACAAUGAUGCGGCCCUCGAGGACCACAUUCUCCGCUCCUCCCUCUCUGCUUGCUUAGCCCUCGGCGAACAGGCUCGGAGGCUUCAAGAAUGGCGCCUCCACAGAGCGGAGCAAGAUGCCAGAAUGAGGGAGUGCCUCCUCAAGAACCAAGAGGCGGUGAAGCUGGGGGCCCAGCUAGAAGAGGAGCUCCGGCAGAUGAGCUUGAAAUUGGAGGCUGCAGAGAAAGGCAAGGCUGAUGCUGAGGCCGCUGCCAGGAGAGCUGCUAAAGAGGCCG